AGUUGCUGAUUUUAUCUUGGAGACGUUUCUCCUCACAUCAGCUUCAGAUCUAAAGCUUGGGUUGUGAGUAGGAGGCUUAGAAGUUCUGGUCAGAAACAAACACGCUGAUUGUGAUGGAAGUUUUUAUUGUUCCUAAAGUAGAAAUCUGUUUUUAUCUAAAUGAAGUUCAUGUUCUUGUUCCUUUUCCCCACAUCAUGUAGCCAGUAUCACUCAUGGUGUAAAUAUAAAGGUAUGGUGGUCUGUAACAUCAUGUGUCUGUGUUUCCUACAGAUGUUCCACAGCUGGUGCUGGUUAAAGAAGAAGCUCCUGAAGAACAGAGUGCUGGUGUGGACCAGCAGGACCCAGAACACCUCCACAUAAAGGAGGAACAGGAGGAGCUCUGGACCAGUCUGGAGGGAGAGCAUCUCUGUUUGAAGGAGGAGACUGAAGCUGUCGGGUUUCCUGUUACUGCUGUUUCUAUAAAGAGUGAGGAGGAUGAAGAGAAACCUCUGGUCUCACAGCUUCAUCAGCAGCAAAUAGAAGACAGAGAUGUUCCAACCAGCAGCUCAGCUGACCAGAUGGCAGCAGAAACUGGUGGAGGAGCAGGAACUAGCAGGAACCCAGAUCUGAACCCUCAUGAACAAACAUCUGAUUCUUCAGAGACUGAAGUUAGUGGAGAUGAUGAUGAUGAUGAUGAUGAUGAUGAUGAUGAUGAUGAUGAUGAUGAUGGUGUGAAUCUGGACUCUGAGCUGUCAGACUCUGGGUCUGAAACUGGAGAUGAAGAUGAUGACUGGAAUGAGAGCAGGUCUUCUGAGUCAGAUGUUUCAAGGAAGAGAGAAGAGACGGCUGAGAAACAUCUGCUCUUACAUUUCCACAACCAGCAAAUGAAAGACGGAGGUGUCCCACCCAGCAGCUUGGCUGGGCAGAUGGCAGCAAAAGUUGGUGGAGGAGCAGAAACUAGCAAGAACCUAGAUCUGUACCCUAAUGAGAAGACAUCCGAUUCUUCACAGAUUGAAGUCAGUGGAGAAGAUGAAGAUGAUGUGAAUCUAGACUCUGAGCGUUCAGACUCUGGGCCUGAAACUGGAAACGGAGACCAUGGCUGUAAUGAGAACAAGUUUUCGGAGUCAGAUAUUAAGGCCAUCAACAAAUCAUUUAGCUGCCCUGUGUGUGGUAUACGGUUCCUCCACAAGUGGUCUCUUAAGAAACAUGUGAGAGUGACAAGUCAUUCAGCAGUAAAGUUGUCAGAGUGUUUGGUUAAUACAAAAUGUGUGAAAGAGAAGCAACAUGGAGGCUCAUGUAGAAAAGUCCAGAAAGAACCAAAAUCAUUUAUUUGUGAUGACUGUGGAAAAAGAUUUAGCCUAAAGUCCAGUUUAACCCGUCAUAUGAAAGUCCACACAGGAGAGAAGCCUUUUGCCUGUGAGCUCUGUGGAUACAGAUGUACCCAAAAGGCACAUUUAAACACACACAUGAGAGUCCACACAGGAGAUAAGCCUUUUGCCUGUGAGCUCUGUGGAUACAGAUGUACCCAAAAGGCAAAUUUAAAUGAUCACAUGAAAGUCCACACAGGAGAGAAGCCUGUUGCCUGUGAGUUCUGUGUAUACAGAUGUACCCAAAAGGCAAAUUUAAAUGAUCACAUGAAAGUCCACACAGGAGAGAAGCCUUUUGCCUGUGAGCUCUGUGGAUACAGAUGUACCCAAAAGGCAAGAUUAAGCAGACAUAUGAGAGUCCACACAGGAGAGAAGCCUUUUGCCUGUGAGCGCUGUGGGCAAAGAUUUAGCCAUAAACAUAGUUUAAACACACACAUUAGAGUCCACACAGGAGAGAAGCCGUUUGCCUGUGAGCUCUGUGGAUACAGAUGUACCAAAAAGUCACAUUUAAAUGAUCACAUGAAAGUCCACACAGGAGAGAAGCCUUUUGCAUGUGAGCUCUGUGGGAAAAGAUUUAGCCGUAAAAAUAGUUUAAACACACACAUGAGAGUCCACACAGGAGAGAAGUCUUUUGCCUGUGAGCUCUGUGGAUACAGAUGUACCGAAAAGGCAAGUUUAAACAGACACAUGAAAGUCCACACAGGAGAGAAGCCUUUGCCUGUGAGCUGUGUGGGCAAAGAUUUAGCCGAAAGACAAAUUUAAAGAGACAUAUGAGCAUCCACACAAGGCUCGAGGGAUUUGUUUAACAACAGUUCUUCCAAAUGUGCUAUUUAGUUUUUUUUACAACCUUAAUAUUAGUCUUGUACCUCUGCUCAGCUAUCGUUGAUCAAGUCCGUACUCGGCCCUUGAGCCACCUCUUCCUUUGAUUUUCAUUUUCAAAUCUCCUUUGUUUUUUUAAACUCAGACCUUAACCAAACAUUUGAGAUGUUCAUUCAUGAAUUCUGAAUACAAAAAAAAUAUUAAAGAUUAAGAAAAAACUGUUAUACCCUCCUGUAUUUAAGAAACAGAUACGACAACAGGCACAUGAUGGUUGUAGUACAAAACCCACUGCAAUUUAAAGCUGUUAGAUACCGGUGGCGUCUUUUUUAAAUAAUUUAUAUGUAUAUAAAAUAGCAUACAAUGUUGUAAUAACUGCACCUUAAAAAGAAUUUGUCUUUAUUAGGGCUGAAACGAUUCCUCAAGUACCUCGAAUAAUUCGAGUACAAAAAAUCCUCAAGUCAAAUUCUCUGCCUCAAAGCUUCGUUUAAUUCAUGUUGUAUUAAUUCAUGGCUUUGCAAUCGCCCUUGGUCAUGUUUCACCUGGACCGAAAUAAGUGACGCACAUACACACUGCACUGAAUGCACACGCGAGUAGCGAACGCAACUUAACUUUUAAGCCAUGGUGGACAAUGUGGACCCCGGUGGAGUGCGAAAAAGACACAAAAUGUCAAAGGUGUGGGACCAUUUUUCACGUCGUAAGGCGGAAAACGUACUCCAGUGUAAAUACUGUAAAAUGGAUUUAGCCUACCACAACACCACAUUCCUCGAUGCUGCAACCUGACCAGGAAACAUCCACAUGUAAAUGUCACUUCUGCAAGCGGACUCGGAGCCUCUACAACAGGGGUGUCAAACUCAAACUCACACGGGGCCGAAAUGAAACUCUGGGAUGGAGUCGAGGGCCAAACAAUAUUUUUUAAAAAGUGACAGCAAAUUUGCACAUUUUCUUUAUCAACAUAUAUGCAAUUUUGAACCUUUAAAUUUUGAAACAAACGUAUAUCUGCAUUAACACUGAAUGUGGAAUAACCAAAUUACACACGAGCAAGUCAGUUUGAAAUAAAAGGCAUCAGUGGUAUUCAUUACUUGUGGUAUAAUCAGCAUUUUAAAAAUCUAUGCAGGAUUUAUGUUUUCUUGUUUUUAUUCAUUUUUCUUAUUUUUAUUCUCCUUUUUUUUCUCCUGUAAUAAGUGUCAUCUCUGCUGUGACUUCUAGCGUUCCCCACUGAGGAACAACAAAGGGAUUUUCUAUUCUAUUCAUCUAUCUGCAGCCUUUCCACUUCCUGUUUACUGUAGGUUAAAUCUUUUCUCACGGGCCAACAACAAAAUAAAAAUAUCAUUUUAUCUUAAAUGAAAACGCAACAUCUCACCUGUUAACUUUCAUGUUUUGGAGCAGAAAAAGAGCAUAAAGCCAACAUAUUUAACGCUUGGUUUGCUCCACUGGUUUACUGUGAUGCUCACCUGUUCCAGCCAGAUACCUGCAUCAUGGGGUUGAUCUGAGCUGAGGAGGAGACUCCUGUUGUUUUGUUCAUCUUCAUCAUAAUAAUGACAACAUUAGAUGACAACAGGUGCUCACAAAGGUUUGUGCUGCUGAACAUGUCUGAGCAGCUUGACCAGGUUGUUGUGUGUCGGGGAGAAAUUAAAACAUCU